AUGGCGACCCAACCCGCAACGACAACGACGACGACGGCGGCACAGUCCACGACGACGACAGGGGCGGCGGAGCUCCGACGCCAGCUCCCGGGGCCGGGCAUCGUCGUGGCGCCGGGCGUGUACGACGGCAUCAGCGCGCGGAUGGCCAUCAAGGCGGGCCACACCGCCCUCUACCAGACGGGGGCGGGCACCUCGGCCUCGCGCCUCGCCCGCGCCGACCUCGGCUUCCUCAGCAUGGCCGACAUCGUCUCGGCCGCCGGCGUAUCCAUCAUGGCCUCCCCCGCCUCUCCCUCGUCCACCCGUCGCAUCGUGCCCGUCAUCGCGGAUGCUGAUGUUGGCUUCGGAGGUGCACCCCAGGUCGCUCGGACGGUACAGGAAUACCACCGGGCCGGGAUCGCCGCACUGCACAUCGAGGAUCAAGUCGCCUCGAAGCGGUGCGGCCACCUCGAUUCAAAGCAGCUCGUAUCCAAGCAAGACUUUAUCGCGCGCAUCAAGGCGGCAAAGUACGCCCAGGACCAGCUGGCGUGCGCGCCCGCCGACCGCAUCCUGCUCAUCGCCCGCACCGAUGCGCUGGGCGUGCUCGGCCUCGACGACGCCCUCGACCGCCUCCGCGCCGCACGCGAUGCCGGCGCCGAAAUGGGCUUCCUCGAAGGGAUCCAGACCGACCAGCAGGCCCGCACCGCCAUCGAGGCUCUCGGAGACUGGCCCCUCCUCGCCAACUGCGUCACCGGCGGCAAAUCCCCGCUCUGGACCGCCACCGACGUACAGCGACUCGGUUUCAGGCUCGCCAUCUUCCCGUGCGCCGGCAUCUUCCCCGCCGCAAAGGCCCUCCUCGCCUCGUACGCCCACCUCGCCGAUAGGGGCAUCGGUAUCGAGGCCUCCACCGACCCCGCCACCAGCUCCGUCGAUCUCGGCGGCGCGGAUCCGAGGGGCCUGCGCAACUUUUUCGCCGAUAUGGGCCUCGAUGACGAGGUUGCCAUCGACCUGCUCGCCGCUGAGGGCGCGGGCCUGGGCAGCGUCUGA